AUGGCGCCCAGCAUGGCAUAUUUGGGCCCAGGUGGCAGCCUGGGUGCUGCAGCUUUCAUGACAGAGGGGCUCCUGAGCCACACUCGGGAAAGACAGCCAGGUGAGGUCGAGCGGCACCACCACAGCCCAGGGGCUCUGGGGCCCCAGAGAGGGAGUACCCUGGGUGCCAGUCAGGAGACUGGAGACACGAUCCUGAAUGUCAACGUGAAGUCCCCAGCCCUGCUGCUGAGCCAGCUGCUGCCCCACAUGGAGAAGAGAGGGAGGGGCGUGGUCAUCCUAGUCUCCUCCAUUGCAGCUUAUCAGCCACAGUGGGAUGCAGGUGCCUACACUGUCAGUAACACAGCCCUGCUGGGCCUCACCAGGACACUGUCGAUGGAGCUGGCCCCCAAGGGCAUCCGGGUGAACUGCCUGGUACCGGGAGUAAUUGAGACUCACUUCAGCCAAAUGGUGAGCACUGGGGCGUCGGUGUGGAGCAGACCCCUCCUUGUCUUUCCCUGUAGGAUCGGGCAGCCGGAGGACUGUUCAGGACUUGUGUCCUUCCUGUGCUCUCCAGACGCAAGCUGCAUCACAGGCGAGAACAUUGUUGUGUCCGGCUGUUCCACUCACCUCUGA